CAUGCACAGUAGUAAUGGAACAAGGAACCAACCGCGCAGCGCCGGAGAGAUUUGGGAAAGAACAAACUCGCCGAAGAAACUCAAAACGUCUUGUUUAACAAGAUUGAUUCUUAACGAUCUUGGUGGUCCGGAUCCAGAAAUAUUUGAUUGGGGGACACCAGUUUAGAACGAAGGCACAUCUUCAGCAAGGUGCGUAAGCUGUAACGCCAAGUGGGGGUAGGUAUGGGAGGGGGCACCCCUCAUGCUAGCGGGGUGUAGGGUCUCCCCCUGGAAACUUCUUGUGCAAUUUUAGGUAUGUAAAUACUUUACUAGUACCAACUGUAAAAUCCACUACCUAUGGUAAGAAGUCGUUCAGGUAUGAGGCAGUGCAGGUGUGGAACAGCCUCCCAAAUGAAAUCAGACAGGUGGAUAACUUCAAAGAGUUCAGGAGACUGAUCCGCACCUGGGCUGGACCAUCCUGUAAAUGCUCCCUAUGUCAGCAAUGGACGGCAGUGGUGAUGGAGGAGACAAACGUGAUGUACGGCGUCCAAUGAAUGCUUUUCUUAUCUUCUGUAAACGUCACCGCAGUAUAGUGCGAGAGAAAAACCCAGAUUUAGAUAAUCGUAGUGUCACUCGUAUCCUUGGUGAUUUAUGGGCCAAUCUGAAGGAAGAAGAAAAAGUAGUGUAUACAGAUUUGGCAAAACAGUACAAAGAUGCUUUUAUGAAAGCGAACCCAGAUUACAAAUGGCACAACCCAGAGAAAACGCUUGGCUCUCAGAAAUCUGGCUUACCGCUGACCAAACCCACCAAUGCCAAGGUGGUAAGGACUGAGAUGAACCUGUUACCAGAAGGUUCCAUUAUACCGGGCAAACUGGCAGAUCCUAAUAACAUGGGUGGAUUGAGUUUGCUGCUUAUGGCAGGAGAGCAGUCUGGCCCUGUACCUGUAGGUAUAAAACCAUUGUCUUCUGCAACAGUGCCCAGGUCUGUAGAAAUGUCGUUUGCAACAUUGCCAAGGUCUCCAGAACUGACAUCUUUUCCAACUUGCACUUUACCAAACAACAUGACUCCUGGAAAUACAAGUCUAAAUUCUGGAGAUAGAUUAGCGGUGUUUAGAGAUAAUAAACCACUGAAUUUGAUGGAGGAUAAACUGGAAAAUCGUCAAGUUGUGGCUGAUAAUGUGUUGCAUCUUGAAGAUAGCAAGAGUAACUGGAAGCUUGAAGAAGCAGCUGUAAAGUCGGUUAUGCAAUUAAAACAUUCAGGUGUUGAAAAGACAUGGGAAAACUUCCUGCCAUCAAAAAGUGGCAGUUUGGAUAUUCUUGCUAAAACUGGUGAUACAGAUGCGCAGCCAGUGAAAUCUGUGGAAACAUUUUCAUCUAAACCAUUACUGUACCAAGCAGUAGCUGCCCCCAAAAUGCCACAGAGAAGUUUGCUUGCUGAGGCGUUCAAGGACAAAUUCGACAUUGGAGGUUUUCCAGAUAUUUUAAGGGAUAACUUGUCAAGUACGAAAAUGGCAAAUUUUGAAAAUCAGGGCAAAUUGUUGGAGGAUCAAAUUAAUAUGUUGGAACAAAAAUUAAUAAAUAAGGUUGAUGAAAAAGAGAACUUUACUAAAAAUUUUACAAACCCAAUCAAAAGUAGUGAUGAAAUCAAGCAGGAACCUAAAGACAUUUCUGAGAUGGAGGAGGAGUCUGCAAUGGUGACUUGUGGGAAGCUGGUUGUUAAUCAUAUAAUUGACAAGUUGUACUCAUCAGAUUUAGGGGCUGGAGCAAGAAGAGGAAACAACAAUUCUGAUGAAGUGGAUGGUGAAAGAAAAGAUGAUGAGAAAGUUAAUUGUGAAAAGACUGAACAGGAGAUUAAAACUGAAAGUUGUGAAGAAAGAUAUGAUAUUGUUGAUGAUGGUCAUAAAAAUGAAGUUAAAGUGAAGGUCAAAGAAAAGGUGGUAGAAGCUGUAGAUGCAGUAAGCAAGGCAGGUAGUUAUGGAUUUGAUGUUGGUGAAAAAGUGACAAAAAUAGAAAAAGGUGACACAAAUGACUCGGAGAAAUCUGUUGAUGAAAAUAGUUUAGAUUGUAAAUCUCUUACAAAAAAGUCUGGUAAAAGGCAGACGGCACCAACUGCAGAUUCUACAGAGUAUGAGAGUGAAGAAAUUGACGAGUUUCAGCCUGUGAGAAAGUCUCGACGGAGAAAUAGGGGUCAGCGAUACCAGGAGUUAAUAAAUGAGGGAAUCAUCCAGAGGUCCAAGGAGAGAACUGCAGCUUUACAGCAGACAACACCUAAAGAAGAAAGCACAGAGGAAGACAUACAUCCUAUUGAACCGUUGAAUUCCUACAUUCUGCCAGAAACUGCUAUACGUCGCAUUCGGAAAAGAACAACAUCAGAGUCGGCAAAAGACAAGAUGCUUCAUCCAGAUGACGUAAAACGUUAUAAAACUGGUGACUUUGACCUUGAGGCACAGAUAGCCACCUUGCCAGCAUGUUCUGUGGAAAAUAUGGGUCGAAAACGAGGGUUUGCUCGACAGCGUCACUACAGUGAGUGUACCCUUACACAGAGGAAAAUGGUCGAUUGUGAAACAUCACCUCAUUCAGUCCCAGCAUUUGACAUUGACAAGGCUGUCUCCCUGCCUCCCCACAUUAAGCUGCCAUCUCCUGAGACCAGCAAGGAACCAGUUACUGGAAGUCGUAAACGGAAAGCCCGUAAACACAGCAUUACACAUAUGAUACCUGCACCCCCUACUCUCAUGAAAAAUGGGAAAGUUAAAACAGAUGGUGACAGUUUGGGUCCAUGUCUGAUCAAACCAACUGUUGAGAUGUUGAAAGAUGAAACAGACUAUAGUGAGAAAGGACCUUCUGUUCCCAUUACAAAAACAGACUAUAUUGAGAAUGGAUUUGUGGCACCAGCAAAUAGAUCCAGGAGCUGUUCUGAUGUCUCAGAGAAGUUUUCUGAUCGGUCCAAGUGUGAAGUGUUAAAGAAUAGGUUGUUAUUCAAUAAAAAUAAGAACAGUCUUUCAGAAAGUGAGGUUGUUGGUGAUAAAAUAACCACAAAUGCGCAAGAAACAGAACUGAGUAAAUGUUUAAAUGAAAACAAAAACAAGACUGGUUCAGUAUUGUGUGAAUCCAGGGAGAAGAGUUUGAUUCAUAAAGUUGUAAUACAGUCUGAUGAAACUUUGAAGAAUCUAUCUGGUGCUGAAAUGAAUACAAGUGUUCCAAAAACAGUUCUGCAAGAUAAACAACAGUGUGAAAUAAGUGAAGUUACAGAUUUUAACAACACUGCAGAAAAACUGGCUGAAAAUGGAAACACUGUGAGAAUGGAAAAUCAGCCAGACCGUGAAAAUUUUGUUUCGAAACAAUCGGAGCAGUUCGUUCUUGGUUCAGAUUCCUUUCACUUUGAACAGAGUAAAGUCAGAAAAGAAAAAAGUGUUAAUGAUCUGUUGAAGACUGGAAAAGAUGUAAACAGUAACACAACUAUGAACUCCUAAAAUCUCAUUUCAGAUACCAUAUUUUGUUUUAAGACAUGGUUUUUUAGAUCUGUAUGAUGCAAUGCUUCUUACAAAAAAAUGUUUUCAGAAAAUAAUGAUAACAUAAUUGUAGACAGAGUUGAGGUCAAUAAUGUAGUUUUGUUGACCAGUCUGAAAGUAAUGUUAUCUUCGUGCAAUAUUACUAUCUGGAUCGAUAAAAGUAUAUAUUGGCUUAAACAUCGGUCUUCUGUUGUUAUGUUAUGUUUUAAUAUGAACAAGUUGAAAUUUAUUACAAUGGAGAAGACAGUAUCUAUUUUUCAGAUCAUUAUCAGUUUUUGCAAAUCUGGAUUCUUGACCAACCAAACUUGCUAGUUUCAGCAGGGUAUAUAAUAUUACAUUUUAUAAGAUCUUUCUCUGAAAGGCCAGCUGUACUUUGGAUUCUAUGAGGCAGUAGAAUUGUGUAAUGGAAUCACUUUACUUUUGCAAAUUUUGCAGUUACAUAUGUGUGAUAUCUCUAAGUUAGGUCAGUGGUAAUAAGAAAUGAGUCAAGGGUUUUACAAGAAGAAUUUCAGAAUGCAAUAAUAUUUUGUAAAAUAUGAACUAAAGAAAAUAGAUAUUUUUAUAUUACAUUGAAUUUGCAGUGUUAUAGAAUCAGUUUAAGGGUGUUAAAAAGUAAUUUGUCGUUAAUCUUACACUGGUUUCACUGUGUCUGCCAGUCACUUGGACAGACUGGAUUUUUUGUCUGGUCUGUAAAUCUGUAUAUAAAUUCUCAAGUAGCUUUAUAAACAUUAACUAGAAUGUGUCAACCCAAAACCAAGGUCUCCCCAAGGUCUCUACAGGGGUUGCACAAAAUCAAAGUCACUUUAUUCCCUAGGUAUUUUCAAAUAAGUAAAACAUAUACCAGAUUGUAUGACAUGAUAUUAAUGAAGAUAUAUGAAUGCAUUCAGUAUGGGUCCUGUAUUGCCUAAUUACACAAACUUCAUUUAUGCUAUAAAUUGUUUAUACGUAGUGGUAGCCGAUAUACAUAUGUAGUCAAGUCAGUGCUAAGGACCACCUAGCUCUAAAGAUGACAUGUUUUAUUUCUGAUAUUGAAACUGUUCAUUAUAACCUGAGAAUCAAGACCACCUGUAAAAGACAUUUUGACUUUCUCAAAUUUUGGCUUCACUGUACAGUCUAACCUGUAUUAAGCAGCCAGUUUAGGGAGUACCGUAACUCAGUCUGGUUGUUUAAGGCAGGUGGUUGCUUAAGACAAGUUGAAGUUGGUGGCCACUAAGGCAGGUUCAACAGUACUCGCAUUCUUCAUCUACCUCCUAUUGAUACAGUGAACCUCUUUCAUUUCAUUAUCUUGCAAAAUAAUAAUCAUUAAUGUAAAUCCAUUUAGAACUUAAAUCUAUUCACAUUUGUUGUCCCUAUUUGUAGCAGCUAUUGAUUCUCAAUUGAAAUCAGACAGCUUUUUGUUCAAAUUUGGAUCUGUUUUAAUUAUCAUCACAUUGUAUUGAUAGAAACUGACAACCAAAAAUGCUAUGUAUUAGUUUUAGUUUAUGUUAAUUAUUAAAAUGGUAUUUGUUUGAUGGAAGACGUUUUUUCACCAGUUUUUGACAAUAUGAUAACUGCAGAUGUGAUAAUUAUACAGAGAAAAUACAUGAAUAUUGUAUAAAUUGCUUAGUUUCCAUGAAAGGUGUGCCACUGUAGAAAAUGAUUGAUUCUCAAGCAAGUAAAUGUUUGUUUGUUCAGCUGAAUUUUUGAUGAUGUAAGAUUCUUGUUUGUUUCCAUGUUAGAUUUGGAAAAACUGGAAAAAAAACGUUUAUUUUCAUAUACAUGUAAAUAACUUUGACGUAAUGAUAUCAAGGGGUAGUUUGCACAAUCAAUUUGUCAUACACAAAUGAAUUAACAAAAAAAACAUCUAAGAAAAAAGAUUUAAAAGUCAGAAGCCAAAAUUUGAAAUAAAACCUUCAGUCAUAGCUAAAUCUUGUUUUUCAGACAUUAUAGAUCAAAACUGAAUCAAUGCAACUAUGUGGUUUUAUUUUAUUUCAAGAUAUGUUGAAUUCAAAUUUGAAACUGUAUUUUUAUUGGAAGAUGAAUUGUAAUUUAAUUUUCUUGUGUCCCUUUUAGCUGAUCUAUUUUUGUGAUUUUGUGGUACACAAAGAAAGAUUUUAAUGCUUAGUCACAAGUUAAAAUAUAUAAUUAUUUUCACGAGUGUAAGAACUUUUGAGCUGCAUUACAAAAAAACAUUACUUUUCUUUAGCUAUAUCUUUAUUGAAAAAGGUAAAACAGUUUUAUAAAAAAAGUACAUUUCUUUUACCUUACCAUAAUGUUAAAAAGGUGUGAAUUUAUUAGAGUAUAUUUUGAUUUUUGACAAAAUGUUGGUAUUCUUGCACAAUAAAUGUACUGAAACAGGGGUACAAUUAAGAAAUAAUAAGUUCCCAAACGUGGUUUAUCCUAGAAUAACCCGAGUUUUGAGUUCUUAUGUGUAAGAAUAUAUCACGAAGGCCGUAGGCCUGAGUGAUAUAUUGUUUCGCAUAAGAACGAAAAACUCGGGUUAUUCUACGAUAAAUCAUACUUGGGAACUUAUUAUUUCGAUUCUAACAUGACAUACUAGUAUCAACAGAGUUAGAAAAAAUGGUAACUAUUUUUUACGACCAUGCUAUGCACCUGGAUCGGAUGACAUCAUUGCACACGAGUGGUUUAUUGUAGAAUAACCUGAGAUAGAUUUUGCUCUACAUGUAUGUAGGUUAUUUGCUGGUCGUUGUUGUUUUUACAUUUCAGUGUAAGUGAACCAUUUGAAGAACAAGAAGUGGUUGUGAUGUAAUAGUUUGCUGAAAGUCUCUUUUAUAUGAGGGUGAAUCAAAAAUAAAUGGACACUGAAAUUUACCCAGAAAUAUUCAGUACAAACCGAAAAAAAGAAGACAAUAAUUAUCUUUAUACCUUUACUACUAUACACAUGCACAAUUUUACAGGAAUAUGCUAAAUGUUGAUAUUGUUCUGCUGAUAUGUAAUGUAAAAUGAAUGGAGCACCAUUUGACAAAAAAUGAUGUCACUGACGAAAGUACAUUACAAUUUCUCGAAAUACUCCCCUUUGUUUUCGAUACACUUCCAAUUUCUCAGUAUGUAAAUAUUAGAUAUUCCUCAUAUCUAGUCAGUUUUCUUCUACAGCAAGACAGCAUUUGGAGCAAAUCACAAGAAUUUGAAAUUUAGCCCACACAAUUCUUGUAUUAAGGGUUAGAAUACACAUUGUUCAUAGUUGUCAAUUGAUUGUCCUAGGUUGAUUGUCCUAGGUAAUACCCUGAUGAAAUUAUCCUGCACAGACACCAUUCUUUUAUUAUCGUACACCAUAAGUGCCACUUGUAUUAAAUUGACAUCUUUUAACUUCAUGGCUGCUCUGUGAAACAGUAUGUCUUCAUCAUAAAAUGCAGACUACCGGUAGCUUGAGCUCUAAGCAAAUUUGAAUAUUUCAAUCACCUUUUAUCAAGUCAUUAAUGACAUUGAUAAUUAGGACGAACAGUUAAAUGACCUUGUGAAAUGUUUGUGUAACCUUCUUGUGUAAUUCGAAAGACAGUUGGCGUAUAAUAGUGUGUAGUGAUUAGCAUUUAGAUGUCGUUUUGAGUUGUUCUAUUGUAACACACUGGGGAUGAAAUAUCUGUUACAUUUUAUGAAACGUUUUGACUCCAGUAUGAGUUGAUCACAAAAAUAAGGAGGCUGUACGUGAGACAAAGUAAACAUGUGUCCACAUAUUUUUUGGUACAUCCUCAUAUAUAUUUUUUUUUUCAUUUGCAAAUGUCAGGAUAUGAAUGAAACAGAUAGUGAAGGAAUAUUUCUAAUAUAUCUAGUUAUGUUAAUUGUUUAUUAAUUGGUUGCAAUUUAAUUGUUUAAUGAUUGUUAAACAUAAAAUUGUGAUAAGAUUUGAAAAUGUGUUAAAGUACAUGUAUGUUACCUAGCAUUUUUAAGUGCUGAAUUGUGUUUGUAUUUUAAGGUAGUUUUCGUGACAGGACCAGAUGUUUCAAAAUUAUGUUGAAUUUGAUGUAACUGUAGUUGUUUAAAAGUCAUCACAAUAUACCUAGGUACUGAGAUAAUGAAGUAAUUAAAACAGCAAGAUGUUGAGACAGUGACAGUGUACAGUGGAUUCCUUCCAAACCAAAUACUCUUCGGACCAAAGAAAAAGAGGGUUUACUUAUGUCAUGGGAAGUCAAGUUUGAAAGAAAUAUACAAAAAAAUAGUGAAAUUAAUGUAUAUUGUCAUAACAUUUCUUUCUUCAGUAAGUAACACAAUAAACUGGUUUUAUAGUGUUUAUUUUUUGUUUAGCAUUAGACAGAGGCUGAGAAUAUUAUUGCUAUGGAAGAUCUGAAGACCUGACAAGCAGAGAAAGGUAUAGAGGUUCCAGUUUGGAGAGGUUCUGUUGUAUUUUUGCCAUUAUAUUGUAUUUUUUGCUGUUAUUUAAUGGAAUAUUUUAACUCAACAACAUGUAUACAAAGAAUAGGUAGAGCUAUUUGCACUCGCCUAUAUGUUGGCAUCGGCAUCCUGAUUUUGUUUUGUAUGUAAGCUUGUAUCUCAGUUUACACAAAAAGGAAUUAAAAUGAAAUAGCAAGUUUUUGGAUAGGUUCUGACAUGUCCUGCACAGGUUCCGUAACUCUUUUUUGCCUUUUAAAGUUAUGCCCCUUUUUCGACAAAGCAAUUUUUGUUUAUGUUUUUGUAUGCAACUUGGUAUGUCAGUAACUACUUGUGGAAAUGAUUGAAACUUAGUACACUUGUUCACUCUGAUGAUAUAUCAUGCUGUGCAGAGGACCCAUAACCCCUUUGUCAACUUUGCAGUUAUUUUGGUGUAAUCUAUCUCAUUAAGCAUAGUAAGUUGGGAAAGUUCUAUGAUGUUGCCCCUUUUGUACUUGUUUAUAUUUAUGUUUUCAUUAUUUUAUCUUUUGUAGUCACAAGGCUUUUGAAUAGUUAAGCAUUGCUGUCCUCCAACAGCUUUUGCUCAUGUCCAGUACAAGCCCUGGUAUAUAUGUAUAUAUGCAUCCUGUUGAAAUAAGGCCAUAUGCUUUUGUCAGUACUGAUAUCUGUUCACUUACAUUAUUGAUCAGUGAGAUUGUUUCUGUCAGAAUGUGUUGUAUAUGUGAUGAUAUACAUUCUUGUAACCCAUCACCAAAGAGCAAAAAGUAGGGAAGUACAUUGAUAAAAGAAGCGUUCAUCUACAUUCACACUUAUGUGAUGAUAUAAGUUGCCAUAUUAAAACAUACAUUUGACUCAUUUGUUUUCCAUGCUAUAUUAAGCUUAGUAGAAAAGCAGGUAUGUUUGAAAUCUGCUGUAUUGAUGAAAGUGCCAGAGUACAAAUAAUUAAUGUGUGGCCAAAGGUAAACUGUCUUUUUGUACUAUCAGGGUAGGUUAGUGGAGGCAUGUGAGAAGAUUCUUCAGUUGUUGUUUUUUUCUGGCAGAAUUAAAUACUUGAAGUAUUUAUUAGCAGACUGGUAUACAAUUGUUUCAUUUUUAGUGUUGUAAAGAAGUAAAUUAUUUAUGAACCAUACUUUGGUGUCCCAAAUCUUUCUUCCUGCAAGAAAUACAUAAAUAGAAUAUUUGCACUUGUUAAACACAUUCUCUUCAAUUUUGGUAGUUUGAGAUGUUGAACAGAGUUAAAUAAUGGCAUUUAAUGUUUGUUUUUAUAUUUAAUUUAUAUGAUUUUGUGUUCUCAAAGGGCGGCAUAUAGUUAUUAUGUCUCCCACACCACUGUGGUGGGAGACAUAUUGAUUUACUUCUGUCUGUCUGUCACACAUGUUGUCCACACACUUACGUCAAACAUUUCUCAUCUGAUCUUCACCAAACUUGGAACAAAAUUUGUUUGCUAAUAAGUCCUUGGCCAAGUUCGAUAACUAGCCAAAUCAGCCCAGGCACAUCAGAAUUAUUGCCCUUGAACUACCGAAAAUACUGAUGCCAGUGAUACAGCUUUAUGAUCAGGCAGUAGUGGGAGACAUGUGCUUACAGCUCCAGUUUUCCUAUGGAUUACUGAAGAAUACUUCAGCAUUAAGAAUCUCAAACUUUGUAAGCAUGUUGGCUAUGAUGGCAGAUGAUCCCUAUUGAUUUUGAGAUCAAUUGCUCAAAGGACAAGGUUGCAGUGAAUCAGUUUCCGAUAAUAACUGAAGAAUAUUUCGGCACGGGAGCUUCAAACUUCCUAGGCAGGUUGAUAGUGACUGGCAGAUGACCCUGUUAGAGAUCCUAGGUCAAGGUUGCAGUGACCUUGAGCUGAAAAUAGGUUUCCUAUCUAUAACUGAAGUAUUUCAUCUGAAGAACUUCAGACUCGUUAGGCAGGUUGUACCAGAAAAGAUGAUUCUAACAGUUCGGAGGUCAGUAGGUCAGAGGUCAAAGUCAUGCUUACAUGCAGUUAGGUUUUUUUUCCAACUUAACAGAUAAAUGGCAUUGUGCUGAUGGAAAUUAUUUCCCCUCGACUACACAAUCCACAUGAUCCCCAUUUGAUUAUGAUCUAAUAAUGGAUAAUGAUAAGGGUUUAUGUUUUCAUAUACAGUGCAUUCACGAUGCUAUGAAUCGCAAUUUAACGAAAUACUGGUAUACUACGAAAAGGUGUUGUGGUCCAGGCUGCUUUCCUUCUUAUUUCUAUGUUACAAUGUCGCGGUUUUACGAAAAUGCAAUUUUACGAAAAAUGCGUUUCUACGAAUGUAUUGUUAUACCCUUAAAGCCUGCUUUCAACUAGUUUUAGUUGCGAUUUUACGAAUACCUGUAUCGUCUAAGUUUCACACCUUCCGUAACGGCAUGAAAAUGCUUUAGAGUGGAAAGUGUCACUAUCAUUUAGCUGGGCGUAAACAGUAAUUAAAGUGUAAAAACUUAGUAAUUAAAUUCGAAACACAUACGCUGCGCACUAUGACACAAGUUAGUGGCUAAUAUUUUCUCCUAUAACUAUCAGAUCGGAUGGCACACCAGUCACACUUGCUUCAAUAUCUGUACGUCUCAGUCACUGUAUAAAGAAAAUAAAAAAAAUAUUUAAGUCCUGAUCAUCUGUAUAUUGUCGUUUUAUUACUCCGAACAAUUCAGUCAAGGGUAGCUAAGGGUAUCGGAAUAUGCAAUAGCGAUUUUUGUUCUCGUGCAGCAAUAUACCCUGUAUAAGUUUUAUGUACAGUGAAUAAAAAGUGAAGAAAAAAAAUCAACCCGUUUUACAUUCCAGAUAACAUCUUGAGUUCAGAUUCAAAUAAGAUUUGUAGUAAGCCCAGAUGUGUGUACAAAAAUGGUAUACAUGUACUCCAAUACGGAAAUCACAUGUUUAAAUAUUACGGGUUAAGACAUGUAGAUAAUAAGGUGCUGUAUAGCGAAAUUUCCUAUGCUACGCUCGAACGAAAAUGCGAUAUUACGAAACAAACGGCUGGUCCCUUAGCUUUUCGUAGGAUCGCGAUUGUACUGUAUAUGAACACAGGUCAAACUGCCCCAUUAGUCUAGUGGAAGAGCAUCUGCUUUGAGUGCGGGAGGUCGUGGGUUAGAUCCCCUGCCAUGUCAUACCAAAGACUUGAGAGGCAAUCAAAUUAUUUUGCAAAAGUAGUUUCCAAAAUUUGCCUUCUUUUUUGUUGGGUAGAAUUGUUACCAUAGUAUCAAUUUGAUGAACUGGUGUUUAAUAAUCUUCACUUAUUGCAGUCAACUGUUUUAAAUGACUUUGAUUCAAGUGUUCAGAAACUUUUAUUAUUUUGUCUAAAAUAUUUUCAAGUGUCAAUUAAGUUGUCAUUCCUCACUUCAUCAUGCAGUUUUAAAAUUAUUUUCAUCUUGAUGAAAUAAAUGCAUGGAAAAUAUAUUUUGCAAUAAAAUAACAUGUCUUCAGGUGAAUGAAGAGAUAUGAUUGUGCAAGUUAAGUUUAUAUUUGGUGCAAAUAGUAGGUAUGUGUGUUACUUUAUACACACAUAUUUGAAUAAACUUUUACACCUAGUUGAAUAAUGUUAAAACAGCACAUAAGAACCAGUGCCAUUCUAUUGUAAUAUUUGUUAAGUAUGUUAUAUAAUUAUGUGAAGCAUUUUACACAUUUUUAGCUCGACUAUUCGAAGAAUAGUCUAGCUAUUCUACUCACCCUGGCGUCGGCGUCAGCGUCACACCUUGGUUAAGUUUUUGCAUGCAAGUACAUACAGCCAUCAAUUAAAGGCAUAUAGCUUUGAAACUUAUUUUUUCUUUUUCUAGGUCAAUUACCAACCUCUCUGGGUCAAGUCCCAUAACUCUGACAUGUAUUUUGAGCAAAUUAUGCCCCCUUUUGGACUUAGAAAAUUUUGGUUGAAGUUUAACAUGCAAGUUACUAUCUCCAAAACUAAUGCAGAUAUUGAUUUGAAACUUCACAUGUGUCUUCGGGGUUAUAAAACUAGUUGAUAGCAGCAAGUCCCAUAACUCUGACCUUCAUUUUGGCCAAAUUAUGCCCCCUUUUCGACUUAGAAAAUUCUGGUUAAAGUUUUGCGUGCAAGUACAUACAGCUAUUUCUAAAAGGCAUAUAGAUUGAAACUUAUUUUUUCUUUUUCUAGAUCAAUAACCAACCUCACUGGGUCAAGUCCCAUAACUCUGACAUGUAUUUUGAGCAAAUUAUGCCCCCUUUUAGACUUAGGAAAUUUUGGUUAAAGUUUUACAUGCAAGUUACUAUCUCCAAAACUAAUGAAGAUAUUAAUUUGACACUUCACAUGUGUCUUCGGGGUUAUAAAACUAGUUGAUAGCAUCAAGUCCCAUAACUCUGACUUUCAUUUUGGCCAAAUUAUGCCCCCUUUUGGACUUAGCAAAUUCUGGUUAAAGUUAUGCGUGCAAGUACAUAUAGUUAUUACUAAAAGGCAUAUAGAUUUGAAACUUAUGUUUUCUUUUUCUAGAUCAAUUACUAACCUCAUUGGAUCAAGUCCCAUAACUCUUACAUGUAUUUUGAGAAAAUUAUUCCCCUUUUUGGACUUAGAAAAUCCUGGUUAAAGUUUUGCGUGCAAGUACAUACAGCAAUUAUUAAAAGGCAUAUAGAUUUGAAACUUAUUUUUUCUUUUUCUAGACAAAUUACCAACCUCACCGGGUCAAGUCCCAUAACUCUGGCAUGUAUUUUGGGCAAAUUAUGCCCCUUUUGGAAUUUGAAAAUUCUGGUUAAAGUUUUACAUGCGAGUUUCUAUCUCCAAAACUAAUGCAGAUAUUGAAUUGAAGCUUCACAUGUGCCUUCGGGGUUAUAAAACUAGUUGAUAGCAGCAAGUCCCAUAACUGAUAUGCAUUUUGGUCAAAUUAUGCCCCCUUUUAAACUUAAAACUCUUUUGAUAUUUAACCUUUUUGGGUAAUAUUUUCCUGCUUCUGGGACAAUAUUUCGAAUAGUCGAGCUUGGCUGUCUUACGGACAGCUCUUAUUAGCUCAUCUGAUUUUUUGAAAAAAAAAUGAUGAGUUAUUGUCAUCACUUGAGCGGUUGUCGGCGUCGGCGUUGCCUGGUUAAGUUUUAUGUUUAGGUCAGCUUUUCUCCUAAACUAUCAAAGCUAUUGCUUUGAAACUUACAACACUUGUUCACCAUCAUAAGCUGACCCUGUAUAGCAAGAAACAUAACUCCAUCUUGCUUUUUGCAAGAUUUAUGGCCCCUUUUGUACUUAGAAAAUAUCAGAUUUCUUGGUUAAGUUUUAUGUUUAGGUCAACUUUUCUCCUAAACUAUCAAAGCUAUUGCUUUGAAACUUGGAAUACUUGUUCACCAUCAUAAGCAGACCCUGUACAUCAAGAAACAUAACUCCAUCUUCCUUUUUGCAAGAUUUAUUGCCCCUUUUGGACUUAGAAAAUCAGUUUUCUUGGUUAAGUUUUAUGUUUAGGUCAGCUUUUAUCCAAAACUAUCAAAGCUAUUGCUUUAAAACUUGCAACACUUGUUCACCAUCAUAAGUUGACCCUGUACAGCAAGAAACAUAACUCUAUCCUGCUUUUUGCAAGAUUUAUGGCCCCUUUUGGACUUAGAAAAUAUCAGAUUUCUUGGUUAAGUUUUAUGUUUAGGUCAACUUUUUCUCUUAAACUAUCAAAGCUAUUGCUUUGAAACUUGCAACACUUGUUCACCAUCAUAAGCUUACCCUGUACAGCAAGCAACAUAACUCCAUCCUGCUUUUUGCAAUAAUUAUUGCCCCUUUUGGACUUAGAAAAUCAUUUUCUUGGUUGAGUAUUAUGUUUAAGUCAACUUUUCUCAUAAACUUUCAAAGCUAUUGCUUUAAAACUUGCAACAGUUUUUCACCAUCAUAAGUGGACACUGUACAUCAAGAAACAUAACUCUAUCCUGCUUUUUGCAAGAAUGAUGGCCCUUUUUAGACUUAGAAAAUCAUGGGUAGGACAAUAUUUCUAUUACACAAAAAAAAUCAGAUGAGCGUCAGCACCCGCAAGGCGGUGCUCUUGUUAAACUUGUUAUAAAAUUUGUUCAUGUAUACAUGAAUCUGUAUGUUAUUGUUGACUGUCUCUUAGUGUUUGUUCUCUAUGCAGCUAUGAUUAAACAUGUUGACAUGUGUA